AUGUCCGCCAAGAUGGACAAUUCCACGAAAGAGAUCACCGUCGAAGUGGUUAGCCACGGCUCUGCUAUUUCGACUGAUGGUGGCGACCACAAGGCGGAAAGCAGGAUCCGUCUCAAGACCGAUCUAUGCGUCAUUCCACUGGCUGCACUCAUCUUCAUGUUCUGCUUCAUCGACCGGUCCAACAUUGGCAACGCUCGCCUGGCGGGGCUGGAAAGGGAUCUCAGCCUCGUCGGCUACGACUUCAACUCGGUGAACACCAUCUUCUACGUCUCGUACAUCGUCUUCGAGAUCCCUUCCAACGUCCUCUGCAAGAUCGUCGGCCCCGGCUGGUACCUCCCGGGGCUCACUGUUCUCUUUGGCCUCCUUACCGUUGCCAGCGCCUAUGUGAACAACUACUCGCAGCUGGCGGCCUGCCGGUUCCUCCUCGGCAUUGCAGAGGCUGGCAUCAUGCCGGGUUUGUCGUACUAUCUCUCCCGCUUCUACACGCACUCGGAGCUCACCUUUCGCCUCUCGCUCUACAUCGUCAUGGGGCCCCUCGCCGGUGCUUUCGGCGGUCUUCUGGCAUCCGCCAUCUUACGACUCCAAGGUUUCGGUGCCCGGAUUCCUGCGGGAUCCUGGCGCGCCAUAUUUGCCGUGGAAGGCAUCUUGACGGUCGCCGUGGGUUUGCUCUCCCUGGUCAUCUUGACUGAUAGACCCGAGACGGCCCGCUUUUUGAGUCUCGAGGAGCGUGAGAUCGCCGCCAACCGCUUGAAAGAAGAGAGGAUCGGCACCACCGUCAUCUUGGACACGAUCAGCAAGACCAAGAUGAUCAAGGGAGCCAUCAAUCCGGUCACGGCCACCACGUCCAUCUGCUUCAUGUUCUGCAGUCUCUCGAUCCAGGGUCUCGCUCUCUUCGCCCCGACGAUUGUCAGGUCCAUCUACCCCGAUGCCAGUGUCACUCGUCAGCAGCUAUUGACUGUCCCUCCGUACGCCUUCGGAGCCGUCUGCCUCUUGUCCAUGUGCUUCGCCAGCUGGAAGCUCAACAGACGCCAGGUCUUCAUGACGACGGCUCGGUACGCGGCCGUCUUUCUCAUGGCGAGCACGUCCUUCAUUCUCGGACCCCUCUGCCAUUCGCAGGCCAGCGCCAACGUCAGCUCCGACACGGCCAGGAACAUGUCCAUCGCGAUCUGCAUGUUCUUUGGCAACAUCGGCAGCCUGGUCUCCACGUGGUCCUUCUUGCCCAGCGAUGCGCCCAACUACCCCAUCGGCUGCGGUCUGAACUUGGCGACGUCCACGCUCAUCAUGGUCACCGCCGCCGGAACGUGGGUAUGGAUGCGCCGGGACAAUAGCAGGCGGGACCAGAAGAACGUCGACGCCGAGCUCGCUUCUUUGAACUCGGAAGAGGCGGAGCAGCUUGAAUGGAAACAUCCUGCUUUUCGCUGGAGGCUUUAA